AUGACCAACACUAAUCCCCUGACCACAAAAUGCAGCAUCUGCGACAAGGACGACAGCUUGAUGCGCUGCGCUCGUUGCAGGGUCACCCACAAAUCCGCCUGCGGUGCCGUGGCCAAGAAACGCACCAAAUACGAAGAUGAAUAUGAGAAAUUUCGCGACCAGCCUGGCGAUGACUUCUUCAUCCCUUCCAGGCUUUUCGAGACCGCCGUUGGCCACUUCUGGGGCAUGCUGGGAACGUGUGACUACAUGAGAGCACGGUUCGGUUUCAUCGAUGCCCUUGGCCGUAUUGACACUUGUGAUUCUGUUGAAACGCAGCUUGAUCACGCGCGGGACAUGAUCCGCCUGUGUCGCAGUGAUAACAUGGGUAUUCGGGAGUUCGUGCCCUUCCUCAUGCUCCGCACAGACAGGGACCAGGAGUGCUACGACUUUGUCAAGUGGUACUUCAUCACGGGGAGCAAGCCUGAUUACGACUGGGGAAACAUGGACCUACGGUUCCUGGACGUCAAGGACGCAAGUGCCUUCGAGGACAUUAUGAAUCUGGGUCUUCGUGGAUUCUGCAAACUCUCGCAUGUCGUUGCUCUCACUCUACUGAAGGCCAAGAUGCUACUCGAUCUGAAUACGCUGGAGAGCGCCACAGACGUGGUCCCGCGCCUCAACGACAUGCCGCGUGAGCUCUUCGAUUCCGUCCGCUCGCUCGUCCCGCGCAGCCCCAUUCUCUCUCGCGUAUCAGCUUUAUUGCAUUGUGCACACGAUCAACCCGCACUUCUGGGGCAUCUUGUUCGAUCCGCAAUCGCAUCUCGCACAACGGCCAGCCACCUACUCAUGUGGGAGCCUCGAUGA